GGGAGCGCGCAGAAGGACACGCACAACCCAGAAUCUCCAGUGAGGAUUCAAAUGGUCUUGAGCAGACAAUCCCUGAGAGGACGAGGAACGCACUUGAAGCUGAGGAACAUCAUGAGGCGCAUUUUGCCGCGCAUUGCGCAACUUUGGCGGUUGUUUUUCAUCUUUUAAAACGUGCCUUUUAAAAAAACAUAAACAUGAAGACUCAUGGGAUGUAGUAAAUGGAGAGCUGCGUUCAACUUUGGACACCUCAAGGUGCAGUCCAAGCUGUCCGUCUUCCUGACCAUGAUCAUCCUCUUCGUUUACCUCUUUUACUGCCUUAAUGGAUUCUGCGAGUCCUUACCCAGACCUGUUUAUGACCAGCAGAGUCACCAGGACAAACAUGUUCAAAAGGACGCACAGGAGACGUCACCAAAACUGCCCGCUGCGUCUUUUGUGCGGGACCAGCUGUCAAACGUUGCCUACAGUACGAACAAUAUAUCCAUCGCUAAUACGUUUGGGAACAAAAAGUUUCCCCAGGCCAUCAUCAUCGGGGUGAAGAAGGGAGGAACAAGGGCUCUCCUGGAGUUCCUGCGCAUUCACCCGGACGUGAGGGCGGUUGGAUCCGAGCCUCACUUUUUUGACCGCUUCUAUGAUAAAGGACUGGAUUGGUACAGGAAUCUGAUGCCCCGCACACUGGAUGGUCAGAUCACCAUGGAGAAGACCCCCAGUUACUUCAUCACAAAAGAAGCCCCUCGUCGUGUCUUUGCCAUGAGCCGCCACACCAAGCUGAUAGUGGUGGUGCGCGACCCGGUAACCAGGGCCGUUUCCGAUUACACACAAACUGUGUCCAAAUCACCGGGCCUGCCGUCCUUCCGGAAUUUGGCCUUUCGCAACGCUACCACAGGCCUCAUCGACACCUCUUGGAGCGCGGUGCGCAUCGGCAUCUACGCCAAGCACCUGGAGAACUGGCUGCGCUACUUCCCGCUCUCGCGCUUCCUUUUCGUCAGCGGCGAGCGCCUGGUGACGGACCCGGCGGGCGAGAUGGGCCGCGUUCAGGAUUUCCUGGGACUGAAACGCGUGGUGACGGAUAAGCACUUCUACUUCAAUCAGACCAAAGGCUUCCCCUGCUUGAAGAAGCCAGAGGGGAGCAGCAGGCCGCGCUGCCUGGGGAAGUCGAAGGGCAGGCCCCAUCCGCAGAUCCCCUCAGACGUCCUGCUCAGGCUCAGAGACUUUUACAGACCUUUUAACCUCAAAUUCUAUCAAAUGACGGGUCAGAACUUUGGCUGGGAUGACACAGCUUGACACCAAAGUUGUCGGUGGCGAGACACAACAUGCAUUACCAAAGUUUUUACUGAGAAAAACAGGCCUUACAAGCAUUACUUUAUCUAAAAAUGCAACAAUCAGCUUUCGUCAACAGUGUUCAGUUUAGACAGCACAGCAUAUGCAGUGAGAGGUGCUUAUAGUUCCUUCAUUUGCUGUACUGUUCUUUCACUUUAAAAGAUGCUGCUUUUCUUGCUACAGUAUCUCUAAUCUGAAAUAACCGUGCAGUACAUCCACAAAACCAUACCCUCAUUCAAGUGUACAGUAUGUUUCAGAGCUCCUAAUUUAUAAAAUGACAACAUAUUGUUGAAAUGUUUUU